UCACUUAAUCAUCCAUUAAAUUAAACUAUGUGAAAAGCAUAACAAUGGCGGAUUGAAGGCUGGAGCCUGUUCCAAUGUUGGGAUCGAGAGAGAGAGAGAGAGACGAAAAAUGUAUACAAGAGAUUUAGUUUAGUCCAAACUUUGUGGCGCUGAUGAUUGGCCACAGAGAAAAUUGCGAAAGAUGGGAGAACGGAAAAUGCUGCAAUUCAAUGGCGGAGAGCUGAAUCACAACCGAGGAAGGCGACCACUGGUUUUAUACGGGUGAUAAGCAAUCAGAAUUUUUCACAGAGUAUGGAGAAGCAAGCCGAUACCAAAUUCAAGAAGUUAUUGGGAAAGGAAGCUACGGAGUUGUUGGUUCUGCAAUUGACACUCAGACUGGUGAAAGAGUUGCCAUCAAGAAAAUUAAUGAUGUGUUUGAGCAUGUAUCUGAUGCCAUACGUAUCCUCAGAGAAAUUAAGCUUCUUCGGAUGCUUCAUCAUCCGAAUAUUGUAGAGAUAAAACAUAUUAUGCUUCCUCCUUCACAACGAGAAUUCAAAGAUAUAUAUCUUGUUUUUGAGUUGAUGAAGUCUGAUCUUCACCAUGUAAUUAAGGCAAACAAUGAUCUUUCUCCCAGGCAGCAUAAGUUUUUUCUGUAUCAGCUUCUUAGUGGCCUAAAAUAUAUUCAUGCAGCAAAUGUCCUUCAUCGAGAUUUGAAGCCGAAAAACAUACUUGCUAAUGCUGACUGCAGGCUAAAGAUAUGUGAUUUUGGACUUGCUCGUGUAUCUUUUAGUGAUGCGCCAUCUACUAUUUUUUGGACAGAUUAUGUUGCAACUCGAUGGUAUCGUGCUCCUGAACUCUGUGGAUCAUUUUUCUCGAGAUAUACCCCUGCUAUAGAUAUAUGGAGUAUCGGAUGCAUAUUUGCAGAAAUGCUUACGGGGAAACCAUUGUUUCCUGGAAAAAAUGUGGUUCACCAAUUAGAUCUAAUUACCGAUCUGUUUGGCACUCCUGAACCUGAGGCCAUAGCAAAGAUCCGGAAUGAGAAGGCAAGAAGGUACCUUGGAAACAUGCGUAAAAAACCACCAGUUCCAUUCUCACGAAAGUUUCCUAAUGUUGACCCAUUGGCACUUUGUUUACUGGAACGUCUCCUGGCAUUUGAUCCCAAAUGUCGUCUAACAGCUGCGGAGGCACUUGCCGAUCCUUACUUCAAUGGUAUGGCAAAACCAGAACUUGAACCUUCUAUUCAACCAAUUUCAAAACUUGAGUUUGAGUUUGAGCGGAGGAGGUUAUCAAAAGAUGAUGUUAGAGAGUUGAUUUAUGCAGAGGUUUUAGAAUAUCAUCCCCAGAUGCGUCAGGAGUGUCAACUUGAUGGAGAUCAUCAAACUACCUUUAUGUAUCCAAGUGGUGUUGAUCGAUUUAAGCUUCAGUUUGCCCAUCUGGAAGAGCACCAUGGUAAAGGUGAAAGAAGAAGUCCACUUCAAAGGCAGAAUAUUUCUUUACCUCGGGAGCGGGUUAGUCCUACUGAGCAGAACAACACUGAGAAUAACAUUGAUUUUGAAAGGGAGAAAGAUAAGAGUUCUUAUCUCUUGAAAAGUGCUAGUAUUAGUGCAUCGAGGUGUGUUGGGGUAAUACCAAAGGAGAAGUCUGAGGUGGAAGAAACGAAUCCUGAAGUUAAAAAUGAAGCAGUGGAUGGCUUGUCUCGAAAGAUCGCAGUCCUUCAGACUUAAGUUCAUGUUGAUAUAUUUAGCUACUGAAGACAGGAGGCAGAAGGUUUUGAUCUAGCCACAUUUCCCUGAGAAACAGGGGCUUGAUGGGAUGAAUUUCACUUGUCCCUCAUCUCUAAAUAUAGAGCAGACAUACCCUCCUCUUGUAUAUAAUCUUUUAUAUUUGUAAAGCUAUCCUUGUAGUUUGUGCAUACGACACAUUCAAACAAAUAAGGAGAUAAUUACAGUAUAGUAGUGUGUGGUAAAAAUUAGUUUGACUCCUUAUUUGUUUGAAACAUUUGUGGUAAAAAUUUCACAUUCAAACAAAUAAGGAGAUAAUUACACAUUCAAACAUUUGAUUAGUGUGUGGUAAAAAUAUCUCCUUGUAUAAUCUUAUACGACACAAUCAAACAAAUAAGAAAAAAAGAUCUUUUUGAAUUAGUUUGACAAGAUCUUUUUUCUUUCUAAAA